AUGCGCCCUUCAGAAGUCCUUGAAGAUUCCCUGAAACAGAAUUCCGGCAAUGCCAGCAGCAAAGAUAUUAUUGUGGCUUUUCCUCCUCUUUUCAGAUCUGAUGUUUUGACUUGGCUUCCUGCUUCAAUUCUGUUUGUGGGGAUAAUCUAUGCUGGGUCCAGGGCUUUGUCCAGACUGGCCGUUCCUGUGUUUCUCAUUUUGCAUAAUGCAGCUGAAGUUAUCAUCUGUGGCUACCAGAAGUGUUUUUGGAAAGAGAAAACAUCUCCUGCAAAGAUCUGUAGCGCCCUCUUCCUCCUGGCAGCUGCAGGGUGCCUUCCCUUCAACGACUCCCAGUUUGAUCCAGAUGGAUAUUUUUGGGCUGUAAUUCACUUACUCUGUGUAGGUGCUUAUAAAAUACUACGGAAGUUCCAGAAGCCCAGUGCAUUAAGUGAUAUUGACCAGCAGUACUUAAACUAUAUAUUCAGUGUGGUGUUUCUGGCAUUUGCAGCUCACCCCACAGGUGACCUGUUCAGCGUCCUGGACUUCCCGUUCCUGUAUUUCUACAGAUUCCAUGGCAGCUGCUGUGCCAGUGGAUUUUUAGGUUUCUUUCUCAUGUUCACUACAGUGAAACUAAAGAGCCUUCUGGCCCCAGGACAGUGUGCAGCCUGGAUUUUCUUUGCUCAGGUGGUCACAGCUGUACUAUCAGUAUUACUGUUUGAUGUGACCCUGACCAGUCCAAUUGUGGGAUGCCUCCUGCUUGGUGGACUUGGAGAGGCCUUGCUUGUUUUCUCAGAGCGGAAAGGUUCCUGAUAAAGAUGGGCAGGAAAAGAAGACUCACAGUUUACCAGCUGGAAAUCACAGAGCCCUGACCUCAUCGCAUCCUGUUGAGAGGGUCAGAACAAAGAACACAAGGACAGUGACACUACACCAAGGCUCCAGGUGGGCAGAGCUGGU